AUGUCUGGAGUUCCGUUUGGCAAGGUGGAGUACUGGGACGAGCGGUUCACCAGGAAUGAGUCCCCGUUUGACUGGCUGCUUCCACCUCAAGCUUUAGAUAGACCCAUUCUGGAAGCAAUGGGGACUCUUCCCACGCAUCCCCAGAUUCACCACAUUGGUUGUGGGACAUCAUCUGUUUCUCUCCACCUUCGGAAACUCGUGGAAAAUCCGCAACAAAUCCACAACACCGAUUUCUCUAAAGUCGCCGUCGAGAUUGGCGAGAAAUGGGAGCGGCAGGUUUUCAAUGAAGCUGAAGGCUCCAAAUCAGGGAAUGGAACAACACCGAAGCCAAUCAACACCUCACUAAGCGGAAGUCUUGCGGAUGGUACAGCACCCGAAGCUCAAAGACGGCAGGACGACGGAGUCCCUCAUGAGCAGCCUCCGCGCCGCAUGUGUUGGAGCGCGCUCGACCUCCUUUCGUUGGACCAGAUCCUCUUGCUUCCCCGACGCUACGACAUCACUAUCGAUAAAUCCACCAGUGACUCCAUAUCCUGCGCUGAGGACCCCACCAUCGUCCUCCCCUAUCCUCUCCGAGCCACAGACUCCAAGCGAGCAUACCCACCCCUGCCUCCCCAUUUCCGUUCAAAAGUUCACCCUCUUCACCUUCUAGCCGUACACUUGGCGUAUCUCACCUCCCCUGGAGGCCGUUGGAUUGCAUUAAGCUACUCAGGCUCUCGGUUUCCAUACUGGCCGCCCUACCCGAGCUCCGUCGAUGAAGGACUAUUGCAGCAAGAGAUUGUUGAUGGAGGAUUCGUGCACCCGGGACGUUUGUGGCGACUAGAGUCGCAAGAGAUGCUUCAGGCCCCGCAGAGCGAGACGGAUGGGGACCACGUAGUUCAUAGGCCCGAAAUCGUGAAUUAUUUGUACGUGAUGACAAGGACCAAUGUGGCAAUAGAGAGAACAUAA